UGGAGAUAGCUUGUGCUGCAUGGACACAGUGGUGAGCGCAGCGUAGUCUGCCAGCGAGGGUAGGUAGAGCUUAAAGGCGCUAAAAUGUCAGGGAAGAGUUUUCGAGUCAGCGACGGGGACUGGAUAUGUCCGGAUAAAAAAUGUGGAAAUGUGAACUUUGCCAGAAGGACAAGUUGCAACAGAUGUGGUAGAGAAAAAACUACAGAAGCGAAGAUGAUGAAGGCGGGAGGGACGGAGAUUGGAAAAACGCUCGCUGAAAAGAGUCGAGGCCUCUUCAGUGCGAAUGACUGGCAAUGCAAAACAUGUGGAAAUGUGAAUUGGGCGAGACGGUCGGAGUGCAACAUGUGCAACACCCCCAAAUAUGCCAAGCUUGAAGAAAGAACAGGUUACGGUGGAGGGUUCAAUGAAAGAGAAAAUGUGGAAUAUAUCGAACGGGAGGAAUCUGACGGUGAAUAUGAUGAGUUUGGUAGGAAAAAGAAAAAAUACCGUGGGAAGAGCAACAGCACGUCUUCCUCAAAAGAAAGUGAAAAGAAGGAAGUGCCAAAAGAAGAAGAGGAGGAAGAUGAUGAAGAGGAGGAUGAAGAUGGUGACCUGUCCAAAUACAAAUUGGAUGAUGAUGAGGAGGAAGAUGAUGAUGAUGAAGAUGGUGACCUGUCAAAGUACGACCUGAUUGCCAGUGACGACAACGACGAUAAGCCAGCUAAGAAAAAGGGCAGCCGCUCCGGUUCAUCCCGCUCCUCCUCGCGCUCCUCCAGCUCCAGUUCACGGUCUAGGUCCAGAUCCCGCUCUAGAAGCUCAUCCAGUUCCAGAUCUGGAUCUCGCUCGAGGUCCCGCUCCAGAUCCAGCUCCAGGUCUGGAAAGGGCUCCUCUCCCCGGAAGAGGUCCCGCUCCCCCUCCUCCUCACCUGAGAGGAGACAGAAGCGCAGUCGCUCCAGGUCAUCAUCUGGAGGGAGAAAACGGAGGCGUUCUAGAUCGCGUUCGUCCGAAAGGUUUGGGUUUCUGUGGAAUACCACAAUGGCACUGAUUGUUGUUAGCCAUGUGUCGCCUGGCUUAUGGGAAUUCAGUUUUACAGAAAUACGUUCACACUUUUGCCAUGUUUAUAACGCUUUUUAUUUAUUCUGACCUUGUACUUGGUUAUGCAUAAACUGAGUGUUAAUGGUAAAGCGUGCUAACCUGUUUGUUCUUCCCAUGGUGUUUUGUUUGAUUUCAGGCGGCGUGGCCACUCUUCAGGAUCGUCCCAUUCUGGCUCCAGUUCAAAAAAGAAAUAACUUUAUUACUGUCUUUAAUACAAGAAAAGGAAUCCUAGUGGAAGUGCAUGUUGUGUUGCCAAAAAUCAAAGACAAAAAAAACCAACCCUCCUUUCAGUAUACUUUCAUUAAAAGUCUUAAACCCCUCCCAGCGAAAGAGAGGCAGCAGCUCCCUUUUUAAAACCACAUUCAUCCCGAUAUGUGACGAGUAUUUGUAUAGGUUUCCAAUAAACAUAAAUGUUUGGUCCUAUAUGAAAAUUAAAUAUAGUGUCAAGAGGCUGUGUUCCAUUUUAAACCCACUUAAUAUCUUCAUGGCAGUACACUUAGUUUCUGAAAAAAUCGGAGCAAAAUCUGUCCUUUUUUAAUUUUUGGGGCCCUAAGAGACGCCAAUGAUUUUUCUAACAACUAAAUGGUUUGUUUUUUUUAAGUAAGGGUGAAGUUCUUCAGCACCAAUUUAGACUACUUGUGAUUUAGCUAUGAAUUUUGGCCUGUUUGUUUGAUUUUGAUGAUAAAUGUCCUGUAUUUUGUGUUUUCAAGGUAAGUAUUUUACUUUUUGAUAAUGCUUGUUUUAAGUACGUUCUUGGUUUCUCAUUUUAGGUUUAAUUUUUUUUUUCCUUUUACGUAAUUGUGGCAUAUUUGGACUUCAUGCUACUGAUUAUUUCUUUUAAAUUUGUCAUGAAACAAAUUAAUUCACUUUUUUUUUUCCUUUUUGCUCCAGAUUAGUGCAGAAAAAGUAACAUUUCUGGUAACAUGUGGCAGAACAGUCUUUACUGAUUAAAAUACCUGAAAUGUACUUGUGUAAAUAAAAUCCUGUCAACAUUG